AUGUUGGGCUUCAUUUGGUUCGAUCUUCAAGUGGUGGCGUCAUUUUUUUUAGCAAACAGGGACUCUAUGUACCUUGAGCCAUGCCAGUAUAUUAUUCGGUCAGAACAAUAUAGAAAGCCAAUACUUCGGAUGCCCAAAAGACAAAUAUUGUGGGGAUAUUACAAGGGAUCAUUCAAAAAUCUCAUAACGACAGACAUGUUUUACCUUGAAGUGCAACCCAAGAUCAAGAAAAUUCUUUUGGAAUGUUCGUUUGAUACAUUUAACCCAGGGGAUAAGUCCGAUGCGGCUGAUACAAACUAUUUGUUAUUUGGCUGUGGUAUAAUCAAUGAAGAUGAUCCCAAUAAAAAAGGAGUAAUAUUAUCGGAUGAAGGUGGUACUAUGACAAAAAUACAGGAAAAAACAAAUAUUGUAUCUCCCGUCAAAUCGUUCGUCGCUUUAGUGUCGAUUAACCAAACAGAGAUUAACUUAUCCUUGUAUCAAAUUCUAAAGGUUGCCUCAAAAGAUCAAGACGCGUCUACAGUAUUUAUUCGAAGACAUCCAAUUUCUUUUGAAAACACAACCGAGGUCUUGUGUAAAAGUAUUUGGAACCAAAUCAAGUCAAGCGAAGAAAUUGAUUGUUGCGACAAACACAAUAGCAAAGAAAGCAAAUCGGAUAACCUUGGAUCAUUAUACACGUUUAAGACUGCCAUUAAAAACAUAAGACAACGCAUAUCAGAAAUGUUUUAUGGUCAGGAAAAAAGUUUACACAUGGACAGGGAAGUUAGUGUCAGUAUCAGCGAUUUGUGUGAGUGCCAUUUUCAAUUGACUCUUCGCAAAGUCAUUAAUUUUGGAAUAAAACCAGUAAUCCAGAACAUCGAAAAACAAAUGAAGGUCAUUUGGACCACUUAUAUGCUCUUUUGUUUUGACAUGGCCAAUGUUUUUAUUACGGGAAAUGUAUUCAAGCUUCCCUGCAACACACCUCUUCAUACCGUGUACUCGAAUUUAUUAUAUGAAGCGUUCAAUAGUGAUGAAUGGAAUCUCGUUACCGUUUUACAACAUGAUCUGGACCAAUUGGUGCAGCCAACUAAAGAUCAGAGACCUUAUAUGUGUGAUCUUUUUACGGUGGGUUAUGCGAAACAAGUAUUUAAGUAUACGUACGCAUUGUAUGUAAUAUCCGUUUUAAAAGACGGACAGUAUUACCCGGGAGACUCGUCCGGUGCUUAUUUAACUUCUGGUGGUGAUGAUAGCACUCAUAGUCGCAAUGAUACACUGGCGUUAAUAGUAGCCAAAAAGGGAGAUUUUGUUGAUGUGAGAAGAAAUAUGAUAAACUUUGAUAUGGUAUUUAGACGAGUGGGUGGAUAUUUACCAAGCAGUGGUUUCCAAGUAUCUUUUGGCCUAGUUAGAUUGUUGCAUACGGAGGCCUACAAUAUGGAAGGAUUUGUCGCAAUAGAUGAAAUUCCUUAUCAAGAUGUAGGAAUGUUUGAAGUAGACUGUGAAGAAACCUCCUGCUCCUCGCAUUUUAACUUGGAAGUUCUCGCUUUAAACAACAUAUCCGCUAUUUCUUUCAGACUAUCCAGACCAGAGAUAGAGUAUUCAGAAAUCAAAAAUUGGUCAAAUAACAUUAUUCUGAAUGUGAAUGAACAAAUAACGUUCGAUUAUUUUUAG